AUAAUAAUGAGUAGUAGAAUACUAGUACUCGUAUGAUUUAAUAGCUCUCCAUGUUCUCUCCCUUCUCACUUCUCUCACAGAGGAAACUAGCUUGCAUAACCAUCUACACACGCCCACGCCCCUUCCAUGUGCUUCCGUAUAUCUGGAUAUGAAGGUGAACUGUUAGCUUGAUUGAGAUUGGGAAAUAUUGUGAAAGAAAAGGAGACAAAAAAGGAAAUCUGAGAUCUUGUGGCGUUUCUGCAAAUGCUCUUCCUUUUCCAGUGGGAAUCAAAUUGAACUCCAGUUGAAUAUUGUUGAGGUGCUUAUUCAGCUAAAUGUCGAUACUUUUGAUUUGGGGUUGUCGAAAUUGAGGAACUAUGGUGUAAAUCAUCGUCAGGAAGCAUUUCAUCUGCUUGUAUUCGGCUGAAAAGUAUUGGAUUUUCGGUUGUCGUUGCUCGGAGCAGAGAAGAUUCUCCUUGAUCAAGUGAACUCAAACGCGCUUUUUGUUUUGGUAAUUUGGGGUUUUGAGGAUUGGGUAUUGGUUUGCCGGGGCCGAGUUUUUCUAGGGUUUUCGAUUUGAUCAUAUUGCUUCGAGCUGAAUUCUGGCUGGAAUAGGGAUUUGAAUUCGCAUAUUCUGGAUAUUUGAGCUGGAUUCUGGCUGGAACAGCUCAAUCUGGAGAUUGGGAGUUGGAUUUGAUUGUAUAGACGUCAAGAAUCAAUUUUCAGUGUGCCAUUUCUUCAAAGGGGCUUAUGGAGGCAGAUUGUUUUCACAUAUAGAGUUACCCUCAUUGAAAUUGGUUCUGAGAUUUUGAAUUUAUUUGGGAUCGAAUUUUGGAUUUUGACUACAAGGUUGACGAGGUGUAGGCCAUGAUCACCAGCUUCCAUGUGCUUAGUAAGCUGCCAUAACUUGAUCCUUUAGGGAUUCCAUUUUUUCUCAGAAACAAGCUAAGUCAAAAGUGUUAAGUUAGCAAGAAUUUUGCCAACUAAUUUAUUGUUGCUCCUCCGUUGGCCGUGAUUUUGGUUAUAUAUAGUUUUCAGUCAUUUUCUGUUCAUCGCUUAGAGGCCUUUGUGUUGAAGCUCAAGGGUAAUCUGUGCGGGUUUGAGCUUGAUCUUGAAUAUCAUUGUUUGGUGGUUGGAUCAGUUGAAAAGAGAAGUCACACGGAAGAUCUCUAAUCUAGAAAUCAAUGUGUGGGGGACAUGGUUAAUGGACAGAAAUUUAAACGCGGGUCUGUUCCCAUAUUGGAACUCAGCUACACGUGGGAAGUAAUUCAAGACUAUAAUUUUCUUGGCUGUGGCUAUUUUGUUUGUUGCAGGAAGGCGUCCAAUGUCUCGCUGCUUUCCAUUUCCUCCACCGGGAUAUGAAAGAAAGCAUCUACCAGAAGACGUGGUUCUUCUUAAAGAGGCUAAACACAACAAAGAGCACAAAGAGAAAAAGGAGAAAAAAGAUAAGGAGAGGAAGAAAGACAAGGAAAAGAAGGAGAAGGAUGGAAAGGAAAAACACAGGGACAAGAAAGACCGGAAAGGGAAGCACAAGGACAAAAAAGAAAAACACAGGGAUAAGAAAAGGGAGAAAGUGGACCGGGGAAAGGAUAAAGAUAAAAGUAGCGUCUCGGAAGAAUCAACUGUUUCUAGGAAGCUUGAGGAAAGAAGUGGAGAGAACCUCCAACCUGAAGGGCACAACAAACAUAGCCGUUUUGAGGAUGAAGGGAAAUGUUCCCCCUUAUUGCACGGUCAAAAUGGAAAGAAGCCUUCACAGAGCAUCUUUCCCUUCCAAGAAACCAAUGGAGCAAGUUCCGUAAAGGAACUGAACGGGUGGAUCCAAGAUAAGGAGAAAGGUGGAGGGAGUCAGUUUCUUCAGAGUCUCGCCGAUGUGGGCAAAAGGGAUCAAGAGGCAGCAGCUGGAACUGCACACUGGAAUCCUUCACGAUUAGUGGCAGAGGAUAAGAAUAAGAAAGUUGAGUUGGAAGGAUGCAAUGGCGUGUUUACUGGAAAGUCGACAGUCCAAAACCUCGGAGUUACCAAAAGUAAAAAUGAAGGGAUUCCUAGACCACUGGAAGUACAAAACGACUCAAGGUUGGAGGACAAAGAUAAGUACAAGGAAGCAUUGAGUAAUAAUAAGCAGGGAGACAAACAGAAAGACAGGGAUAAGAAAAGCCUUAGAAAGGAUAAACACAAGGAGAAGGAGAAGAAAAAGGAGAAGGCUAAUGCAAACAUAGAAAACAAGAGAAGUGAAUCCCAAAUUUCCGGAAAAAAUUAUCUUGUUGAUGCUACUUUUAGUAAAAAUGUAAAUUUGCUCAAGGAUGUUGUCGGUGCUGCUACUAAUGAAGCGAGUAUCAAGAAGCGGAAAGACAUGGACACUAAUGGUUUUCUUCAUGAUGGUGAAAUUAGGCCUAAUAAAGUUCAAAGGCUUUCCCCAACAGAGAAUGGAAGAAUAUCCACUAAAUUCUCUUCUUGUAAGCAUAAUAUUCCAAACAAAGUUUGGUCGGAUCACGGUGGCCAGUUGAACAAUGGUAUAAAUGAAGCCAGGAAACCUUCUCCAUCUAAACCUAAUCAUCCUUCUGGUGUUAACAAGUUCAACCAUCAAAAUUUUGUACCUCCAAAGACGCCAGAUCCUGCUCGUAGCAAUGUAAACGAGGCUCCCAAAAUGCAUAAGAUGAAGGACCAUGCUGCUGAAGCAUCAAGGAGGCCUCCACAUCCCGAUUCCAAGUAUCUAAGUCAGAUCUUAGCAGUUCCCACAGUGGGAGACUGGUCCGAGGAAGAUGACCAAGAAUGGUUAUUAGGCAAAAACGGUCAUCCAAAUAAGCCCACGUUAGAACCAGCCAGGGUCAAGGAGGAGCUGCAAGUAUGGUCUGAAGCUGUACAUAUCAAAUCAGCUGAUGUUUGUGCUCUGCCAUAUGUGAUUCCUUACUGAUUCUCGCUCGUUAACUUCUGGUUGAAGAGAGCCAGCCAUUGCCAGAGUUAUCCUCAGCAUCUGCCUCUUGAUAUGGCCGGGUACACAAGGCAUCGAUGUUGUGCUGCCUUACCGGAGUCGCAUGUCAUGGAGAGAUACAUUAAUCGACUUGUAUAUUUUUGUAGCAUAGGUGACUUGGCGCUCGUCCUGUCCAUUCUAAUUUAACCAAGUGCAGUUCUAGUUUCAUGUAUCCACAAUUUUGAUGUGCAACAUACAAAGUGGUGGUGCUCAGCGACGGAGCCAGCAUAGGCCAAGUCGCCGCCAGCAGGGGCUUGGCCAUUGCCUAACCACAGGGUCCGGAGUGGAGCUAGGUGGGGUCUGGGCAGAGAGUAAAUGGAGCAAACAUGGAGCUUUUGAGAGAGUCUCAACCAUUGUAUGGAUGAAAGAUGAAAGAGCUACAAUAAAUAACAUCUUUAACUUUUUAUGUAUUACGAAUUAGUAAUUUUUUAACUUAAUGGAAAGUAAUGUGUUUUUUGGGUAA